CCUUCUUUCUCCAUAACCACUACCAGUUUCAUAUUGAUCACAGAUAUCAAAACAAAACACUUCAACUUCCACUUCAACCUCCGUUACUGGGUUCAUCUUCAUCUUUAACCCAAACCGCAAAUGGGUCGGUCACCCUGCUGUGACAAAGUCGGCUUAAAGAAGGGUCCAUGGACUCCUGAAGAAGAUCAAAAACUCUUAGCUUACAUUGAAGAACACGGCCAUGGCAGCUGGCGUGCCCUCCCCGCUAAAGCAGGGCUUCAAAGAUGUGGAAAGAGUUGCCGCCUUCGAUGGACUAAUUAUCUUCGCCCUGAUAUCAAGCGAGGAAAAUUCAGUUUACAAGAAGAACAAACCAUCAUUCAACUCCAUGCCCUCUUAGGCAACAGGUGGUCGGCUAUAGCCACUCACUUACCAAAGAGAACUGAUAACGAGAUCAAAAAUUACUGGAACACCCAUCUCAAGAAAAGACUAGCCAAAAUGGGGAUAGAUCCCGUCACCCACAAGCCAAAAAACGACGCUCUACUCUCGAGCGACGGUCAAUCCAAGAAUGCAGCCAAUUUGAGCCACAUGGCGCAGUGGGAAAGCGCGCGCCUCGAAGCUGAAGCGAGGCUCGUUCGCGAGUCAAAACUCCGUUCACAUUCUUUUCACUCUUCCUCUUCGACUUCAGCUCCGUUUAUGAACAAAACCGCAGCUUAUACUGCAGCUGCUCCUACUACAAUCGGUCAUGGCGGCGACUUGGAGUCUCCGACUUCGACGCUUAGUUUCUCCGAGACUAAUAAUAAUAAUAAUAACAACAAUAAUGUGGCGGCGGGGGCGCCAGUGAUGAGUGGUACUGCUACAACCACUGGGAUUGGAGUGAAUUCGAUCAAUAUGAUCGAGUUCGUUGGCUCUUCGGGAUCGUCUCAUCAUCAUCAUCAGAGUGGAGGAAUCAUUAAAGAAGAAGGUGAUCAAGUACAAGACUGGAAAUAUAAAGAGGGCAUUGAAAAUUCCUUGUCUUUCACCUCAAGUCUUCAUGACAUGACAAUUUCAAUGGAGAAUCCAUGGACUCCCGAGUCUUUAAGGACAAACAGUGUCACUCAAAUUCAACUUGGUAGUAGUACUUCUAACAUGGAGGAGAAUUUCACCAAUCUUCUGCUUAAUGAUUCCAUGGACGACGGCGGCCGGGCUCUCUCGGACAGUUGCAAAGAUUCCGAGAAUAGCGGUGGCGGUAGCGGUUGCGGUAGCGGUGGUGGAAGUGAUAGUGGCAGUGACUAUUACCAAGAUAACAAGAAUUAUUGGAACAGCAUUCUGAAUUUGGUGAAUUCUUCUCCAUCUAACUCGCCUCUGUUCUGAUAUUAAUUUCAUCAAGAGUUCAAGACUCCUCCGUAAUUAAUUCUUUCCUCCAUUGUGGAAAAAAAUUAUUAUUAGAUCAUAGCAAUUGGGAAAUUUUAAUUAAAUGUUUGUGUCAAGAACAUCAUGAAUAUCAAGUUUUAAAUUAAUUGUUA